AUGACAUGGCGAUACGGUGCUUUACGAAAGUUGCAUAGCUGGGGACUCAGGGGAAAUUUGCCUCUCUUCCUUGCCGACUAUUUGAGAGAGAGAACAAUGAAGGUGAAAUGUGGAAACGCCCUCUCGACGUCUAAGGUCCUUGAAAAUGGUAUUCCCCAAGGUUCGCCGCUAAGCGUCACCCUAUUUGCGAUUGCCAUAAACGACAUUGCAUCGGGUAUAGACCCUGCCGUGCACAAAUGCCUCUACGUUGAUGAUUUGGCCAUUUUCUGUGCGGAUAAAACUGUUGGAAGAAUAACCAGGCGUCUUCAACCGGCUCUAAACCAAAUAAUCAGUAACGCCGAAAACUCUGGCUUUAAGUUUUCCCGCGAAAAAACAAAAUGUGUCCAUUUCUGUAGGCUAAGAAGACCUCACUAUGAUCCCGUAGUUUUCUUUAAGGAUCGACCCAUACCUGUCUCAAGAUCUGUUCGUUUCCUGGGUCUCAUCUUUGAUGAUCAACUAAGAUGGAGAGAACAUAUAGAGGGCGUAGUAGAUAAAUGUAGAUUGGUCCUUAACAUAUUUAAGGUGCUUGCGGGUACCAAAUGGGGGGCUGAUCCAGACACCUUACUACAAAUGCACCACUCCCUGUUACUAUCCAAGAUGGAAUAUGGCUGUGUAGCCUACUCUUCAGCGCGUAAGUCAACCUUAGCUAGACUGGACCAUCUCCACCAUGCGGGAAUAAGAUACUCUAUUGGAGCUUUUCGCACCAGUCCCAUACAUAUAAUGCUUUCCGAGGCAGGUUUCCUCCCACUGUCUCACAGACGCGAUAAAAUCCUAAGUGGAUAUGUAGCGGGAAUCCGGGCGCAACCGGAUCAUCCCAACUAUAAACUUUUGUUUUCCGGAAUACGCGGUUUUCUGGAGAGGCCCACAAUUACUAGACCUGCCGGUGUUCGAGCCCACGAACUAUUCGCUGCGAUGGGAGUUAAUAUGCCGUCCGUGUUACCAUUUGGACAAGGCGAAGUUCCGCCUUGGAUGAUCCCGAAAAUGAAAAUCUUCUUAAAACUGGCGGAAUACGUUAAAGAAGAUACCCCAGUAACAAUAUACAGAAGCAACUUUCUUGCCUUUCUGGAGGAGCAUCGGGACUCAACCAUCAUCUACACUGAUGGAUCACGCACAGAAUCAGGAGUAGGAUGCGCUGUAUACGUGGAAUACAGGUCGCACGAGUGGACACUUCCGCCUAUGACAACUGUAUACGGAGCAGAACUGUAUGCAUUGUGGCAGGCUCUGCUGUAUUGUCUAAUAAAUAGAGGGCACGUGUUUCUGAUUGUUUGCGAUAGCCUCAGUGUUAUGGCCGGGAUACGGGACAUUUUUUCCCGUGAUCCUCUUAUUCAGAGAAUACAAGCAAUGUACACAAAUGUUACGAAGUCCGGUAAGUUAGUGGAAUUUGCGUGGAUACCCAGUCAUGUAGGAAUACACGGAAAUGAACUGGUUGAUGCGGCAGCAAAACGUGCAACAAGAGGAACCCGAGUAGAUGUCCAGGACCUAAGACCCACGGAUCUUAAAGCAGCCCUGAGGCUGGCCAUGGGAAGGAAGGCGAAUUAA